AUGAUGGGAAAUAAAAUUUCAGAAAAUAAACAAAGGCAAAUUAUUAUGUAUAAAAAUAUAAAAAGUAAAAUUAAAAAAAAACACAACCUCGAUGUUCGAAGGAACAUUUACAUUUCUCUACUUAAGGAGAAAGAACUUAGCAAUGUCCACUCGGAAAUAUUUGAAGCCUACAAGGCACAGGAAGAGAGUGAUUGUGGUGGGGUGGAGGAGAAUGGGGGCCCUGCGGAGAGGAGCAGCCGGGGGAGAGACGGAACGUACGUUAAAGUAAAUUUCAAAAAAGGGGAAUCGCACACACAUGCGGGAGGCACCCAUGUGAGUAGAAAAUGUGCCGACCUAGGAGGAAGACGCGAAGAAGGGAAACCCACGACGUCGAAAAGGAGGCAGCACCAUCGGUAUGGCGACCAUGAGGAUAGCCACGGGGAGAGUCGUACUCGACGACGAAGUGGGCACCGAAGUGACAGACGUAGUGACAAACGAAGUGAACUACAAAGUGACCGAAGAAGUGAUUCCCCAAAUGAGAAAAGACACUUUGAGCUGGACUACGGCUUCUUCUUCACCCUGGACUACGGCUUCUUCUUCACCGUGGAGGAAAGAUCCAGCGCCUAUUCCCAGGCGAGGGGUAGCACCUACGUGAAAAAAAAAAAAAAAAAGGAAGCAAGCGACAUUUGGGAAGAGCUAAAUGACGGGGAGAAUUCGAAGCUUAAACGGGGGAACCGAAGAAAGGGAGCUACCUUACGAAGAAAAGAAACCAGUUUGGAAAGAACCAGCAGAGUUGCUACACGAAAGGGUGAAAGUGUGCACAUGGUUGACGACACAAAGGAUAGCACUGUCGCAGAUAGCACGGUCGCGGAUAGCAUCGUUGGGGAUAGUUUCGUCGGGCGUACCUCCGAAUCGUGUAGUGGGACGAGGAGCGAUUCGCAGAGCGUAUCGGAGAGUGCACCGACGGGUCCUAGUGAGAACCGCGAUGAGUCCUCCUUCAAUUUGUUUUCGCUACAACUACUGCCCGAUGUGUCAACCACCCAGGGAGAGAAGCCAGUCAAGUUAAAGCAAAUGAAUACGGAUAAGUGCAAAAAGGGAGACACUCAAGGACGCGUGAACUACUCGAAAAAGCCAAGUGAGACGGAGGGAAGCAGCACAAGGUUCCUAAACCUAGUCAAAGAGAAAAACAUAUUGCGCAACAUUUUAUCAUUCAUGAAGUGCAGUGAUUUGUUGGAGUUGCAAAAGACGUGCUCCAUGGUCUACGUGCUGGUGAGCGACUUCCUGGACUAUAUAUGCCUCCACAUAUUUUCAAAAUUUAAGAGAGCCUACGAGGGGUACUUCACUCCCUUCGAUUGUUUCUACAAGUACGAGGUUCUCUACACGGAUAAUCCGUCCUUCCGCCUAGACUGCAUCCUGCUCGCGAAGAUAGAAAAGCGCGCUGUCGGGUACAACAACCGAUUCGGUUACAAGUACAAAUACGAGUUCGACGCAAAGCAAAACAGCUACCAUGUUUACUACAAUUUCAACGUGCUUAAGAAAAACGUAGCGAGAAAAAUCGAAAUACACAAAGACAUCUCGUAUAACAAUGGAGAUGAUAUUAACGUCUCGCACAUCAUAAGUAACGACGUCUGUGCCAAUGACUACAUAUGCAUCCCAAUAAAUUUAUUUAACAUUAUCGGCACAGUUAAUUUCCAUUCAAUCACUUUUAUGGAGAAUAAAUUGAGCAGACACGUCACGUAUAGUAACGGCUUCGAUGACCAGCUAUGGUAUGACAGGGAGGAAUACAAGACGCUGAUUAAGGAGGAUAACUUGGUUUCUUCGGAGUGUUUUCUUCCAUAUUUGAAGCACGUGAAGACGAUCUACUCCGGGAUCGACGUGACCGUUAUGAAGUCGAUCUACAGGGCGGUCCAGCCUGGAAAGCUUGGCCGCCGGAGUUACGCCCUCUGGGGAAACCACUUCAUAAUCGAGAGCAAUCUAGACCCCGUGUUCACCUUUCUGAAGCGAGAGGGGCUGCAGCACGACUACAUUUACCAUAAUUUUUAUCUGCGCGUGGGGGAUUCCAUCGUUUUUUACUUGAUCCGUGGCGGCAAUCACGACGUCUAA